AUGGGCUUCGAAGACGACUCCACCGGUCAUGGAUCUGGAAAGUCUCUGGAGAAUGAGAGUGAGAAGGCAUACGUCUCUCCACCACCAUUCGAGGGUGCCAUGCUGGGGGAGAUGACCGAUGCAGAGCGGGAUAUCUACGAUCAUGGUAUUAAGAAGUUCAGUCGCUUGGGUUGGAAGCGUCUCACCGUGGUGCUCAUCGUCGAGGCCAUCGCGCUGGGUAGUCUGUCAAUUCCCUCCACCUUCGCCAAGCUGGGUAUGGUCGCGGGUGUGAUUUGCUGCGUGGGAGUCGGCCUGAUUGCCAUCUAUACCAGUUAUAUCGUCGGGCAGGUCAAAUUGCUCUUCCCCGAGGUUGCCAACUAUGCUGACGCUGGUCGCCUAAUGGGUGGUCGGUUCGGCGCCGGGUGGGGCCGCUUUGGCUAUGAGAUCAUCAACUUCAUGCUGGCUCUCCAGUUGAUUUUCCUCACGGGCUCCCACUGCCUCACGGGUACCAUCGCCUGGCAGAACAUCACACAAUCCUCAAUCUGCUCCGUGAUUUUUGCCGUGGUGUCUGCGAUCAUCUUGCUGUUGUUGGCCAUUCCGCCUAGUUUCACCGAAAUGGCCAUCCUCGGUUACGUUGACUUCGCCUCCAUCAUUAUUGCGAUCGGCAUUACUAUCAUUGGCACUGGAGUCGAGGCUACCAACUCGGGUGGCUUGUCGGCUGUGAACUGGUCUGCCUGGCCCAAGGAGGACCUCAAGUUUGCCGAGGCAUUUAUUGCUAUUUCGAACAUCGUCUUUGCAUACAGCUUCGCUAUGUGCCAGUUCUCCUUCAUGGAUGAGAUGCACACCCCGCGCGAUUUCAAAAAAUCUAUCUGGGCCCUGGGAAUUACCGAGAUCAUCGUGUACACCCUGACCGGUGCUCUGGUCUACGCCUUCGUUGGCCAGGAUGUCUCUUCUCCUGCCUUGACCUCUGCUGGACAUCUGCUUGGGCGUGUGGCUUAUGGAGUGGCCCUGCCUGUAAUCUUCAUUAGUGGAUCUAUCAACACCGUCGUCUGCGGUCGUUUGAUCCAUGGUCGCAUUUUUGCCAACUCCCCCAUCCGGUUUAUCAACACUAAGAUGGGCUGGAUUACUUGGUUGAUUACCAUUACCGCCGCCACAGUCAUCGCUUUCAUCAUUGCCGAGGUUAUUCCAUUCUUUGAUGAUCUGCUAUCUAUCUCCUCCGCACUUUUCAUCUCCGGCUUCACCUUCUACCUUCCUGCGAUGAUGUGGUUCAUGCUCAUCAAGAAGGGCAGCUGGCGCGACCGUGACAACCUGUUGCUGGCAAUCAUCAACGGUGGAAUUUUCCUCAUUGGUAUUUUGAUCUUGGGUGCUGGAACGUACUCGAGUAUCUAUGAUAUUAUCAAAAACUACGAUGACGGUACCGUUCGCGGUGUCUUCACCUGCGGAUCCCCAUCUACAUAA